AUGUUGCCUCCGAUGUGCGCGCGCAAACUGCAGAAGGACUACCCCACCCCCCACAAGGACUACCCCCACCAUAAGGACUACCCCACCACAAGGACUACCCCCACCACAAGGACUACUCCACCACAAGGACUACCCCCACAUGGGACUACCACCACAAGGACUACCGCACCACAAGACUACCCUACUACACCACAAGGACUACCCACCACAAGGACUACCACCACACCACCACAAGGACUACCCACCAGGACUACCCCCACCACAAGGACUACCCCGCACCACAAGAACUACCCCCACCACAAGGACUACCGCACCACAAGGACUACCCCCACCAAGGACUACACCACAAGGACUACCCCCACCAGGACUCCCCCCACCACAAGGACCACCACCACAGACCACAAGGACUACCCGCACCACAAGGACUACCCCCCCACCAAGGACUACCCCACCACAAGGACUACCCACCACAAGGACUACCCCACCACAAGGACUACCACCACGGGCCCCCCACCACAAGGACUACCCCACCACAAGGACUACCCCACCACAAGGACUACCAAGGACUACCCCACCACAAGGACUACCCCCACAAGGACUACCCCCACCUACCCCCACCACAAGGACUACUCCCCCCACAAGGACUACCCCCACCACAAGGACCCCCACCACAAGGACUACCCCACCACAAGGACUACCCCACCACAAGGACCCCCACCACAGGACCCCACCACAAGGACUACCCCCACCACAAGGACCACCCCCCACCACAAGGACUACCCCCACAAGGACUACCCCCACCACAAGGACUCCCCACCACAAGGACUACAAGGACUACCCCACCACAAGGACUACUGGACCUCUCCCCACCACAAGGACUACCCCCACCACAAGGACUACCCACAAGGAGGACUACCUCCACCACAAGGACCCCACCACAAGGACUACCCCACCACAAGGACUACCCCCACCACAAGGAAUACCCCCACAAAGACCAUCCCCACCACCCCACCUGACUCGACCCCAACAAGCUAUAUGUUUACAAGGAACCUAAAGAACCCUUAUGAAGACUGGAACACUCACGAAAAAAUCCCAAGACCCCCAAAAUCCCAGGACAAGAAGCCACAGGAUCUACAAGAGACAACGACCAAACUCCAAGCCGAUGAGAUGUUCCUGGAGCCUUAA